AUGAGCUCUCAGGCUCGUCCUUCGUUCUUUUGCAGCCGCCCCAACGGAGUGCUGACUCCGCUCAUUGCGCUGGAUGACUUGCCCGCUCAGGUCACGAUUCGCGGUGUUGCUCGUAUCCUGACUGCUGGUGAGACUCAAGGAAUGACCAGCUGCGGUGUUGUUGCUCCUCGCUCUGAGCCUUGGACUCUCGACGGAACUGCUCCUACCUCUCAUGGUGGGAUCAUCAACAAGGGUGACCUCGCUGAACUGCAGGCGGUGCUCCUCAAGAUCAUGGCUGAUGACAACGUUGCGACUCACCUUCGUAUGUCCAUCAAGGGCAUUCUGUACCGUGGUUUGGAUGCUGCUUACAUCCUUGAUACCCCUGCUUCGAAUGCUGCGGCUGGCCAGUCUACCUCGCCUGUCUUGUAUGAUAAUGCUGCUGGCAACGCUGGCAACACCGAUAACACUGGCAACUACGGCAAUUAUGGCAAUGGUAAACAGAGCCUCAACCACAAGAAGGAGUACUGUUCCUACUGGAUUCGCCACGGCGAGUGUGACUACCAGCAGCAGGGCUGCCUGUACAAGCAUGAGAUGCCAACCGAUCCCUUCAUGCUUGAGAAGCUUGGCCUUCGCGACAUCCCUCGCUGGUACCGUGAGAAGUACAAUGUGCCAAGUCUGCUGCAGCCCAGCUUUAGCAACCCCCGUGGACCAAACCACCAUGCAAUUGUUGACCAGCCUACCCCAAAAGCUAUCCAGUACCAUGCCACCACUGACAAUGCCAGCACCACUGGUACCAGUGGCACCAACAAUAGCACCACCAACAGCACCACCAACAGCCACCCUCACCGUGGCGGCCGUUACAAGUCUCCCCGUGGUGCUGGAUUUGGCGCUGGUAAGGGCCGUGGCAACGGCAUCCCGAACUGGAACAAGAACGGAAACCGUAGUGGCUUAACUCAGACCUCCGCGAACUACAACAAUGCCACUCCUGAGACCUCGUCCCCAAGUACCAGCGAAAACUCAUUCAAAAUCACCACCGGCACCAAGCUCGAUCUCCUGUCUGACCAUGGGGUCUCUCGCCUUUCUGAACCUGAUGUUAUGGCGCAGCACAUCCUGGACAAGGACGGUAUAACUCGCAAUUCCCUGUCUUCUCGCCUCAGCCAGCUGACUACCACCCCGGGUGGAUUCAAUUCCCCCAUGAACAAGGAGGCCGAGAAGGAUCCCUUCCGUACCAAGUCUCGUCGUCUCUUCGAUUUCGGCUCGGAUGGCGGUGUCAAGCUCCCUCGGGGAGAUACUAAACCCCCUGCCUUCAAUCAGUUCGCCAAUCGCACUGAGACCGAGACUGCUGACAAGGCCGCCUCCUCGGCCGCUACUCAGGGUGGCUCUUCCAAUUUCUCGGCUUCCCUGCUGAGAGAACUUGUGGCUACUUCGGAGCCCAUCCAUCCCAGCGAGGUCCUGCUCAACUGGGGUGCUAUUGGCGAGCCUGUGCAGCGCCCUACCUCUACCAUGACCGACACUAACCUCAAGUUCCCCUUCGACAGCCAGUACCAGGACUACCUCCGCCCUGUUUCACGUGCAGACUGUGCCCAGUAUCGCAUUGAUCCCAAAAAACCGCUCUCUCGUCUGGUUAUCCGCCGUUACUAG